ACGCCAAUUAUCUUUAAUUCACCCAUAAAUGAAUUCAAUCAAUGGCGGAGUUACCUUUUUUAUUCUCCCAUUGAUUGAGGGUUGUUACAAUCAAAAACCCUACAUCUAGCGUUUCCUUUCAUCCUUUAUCCUCCCAAUUGAAAUGAAAGAUCUCAUAUCUCUACCACCACAUUAAUGCCGCCACCAUGGUGAUGAAGAUGAUGAAUACGAUUUUGAGGAUUGCAAUUAUGGUGAUGAAGAUGAUACGGUCCGUUCGUUUUUAUUUGAUUUUUAUGUUGUUAAUGAAUCUACUUGUGUACAUGAUUGAAUAGAAUUUAGGGAUUUGUACAAGAAGCUCAGAAUCUAACAUCUGGAUGCUACAAGAAGCUUGAAAUCGAUGAGGACUAAAAGAUGGUUUUGUUAUUCCUCUGGAGACGAGAACCUAUCUGCCAAAGAUAUGAUUUGUUGAUCUACCAAUUACCAUACUCAUGGAUUUUGAUACAUUCGUUUUCAUCUCAAUCUCUCUCUCUUCCAAAUCUUAAUCUUUGUUCGAUUGAUAGAGACGCUGAAAGCUGUAAAAACCGAUCAUCCACCAGUGCCAUCUUUAUACUCCCUCUCAUAUACAGCAUGGCUCUGUCGAAUCAGCAAACUGUUGAUUACCUGAGUUUCAAGCUUGUAAUUGUCGGUGAUGGUGGAACUGGUAAACUUUUUGAGGGUGAUGAAGAUGACAGAGAUGGUGGUUGGAGCUAUAGCCGUGAUUCCUAUCAGCUAGGGUUUCCGGCGAAGAAGGUUGAAUCUAUUGUUUUCCUUCCAAGUUAUGCUAUUCAACAUUAAAAUAAGACUACAAAUUGGUUUCGGGUUUUUCAAAUCGCUGCUAUCCGGAAGCACCUAAUCAUGGCAUUCAACAGCUUUCAACAGCUCAUUUAGUGAACAGAUUGAUAAUCUUCUUUGUUUGACAAGUCGAUCAAACAAAGACAAAAUGGUCCCCGGUUUUCUUGCUUGCCUCAAAAUGAAUGCCAUCGUAUGCAAUGAGAGAAGCCAGAAAUGAAGGUGGGCGUGGCGGGCGUGAUGGUCGUGGGUACGGUCGUGGUGGGCGUGGAAGUGGUGGAUACAAUAGAGAUUCCGCCAACAAUGAGGGUUCGUUUGGUAACCGUGGUAUCGAAGAGUCUGAUGGAAAGUCUUCUGAGAGACGUGGUGGUGGUUAUGGUGGUCCUCAUGGUGGUUUUCGUGGUGACCGUCGUGUGUCUUUUGCUAAUGGUGAUGGUGAUGGUGGUGAGGAUGGAGAACGUCGACGUAGGACAUAUGAAUGUCAUAGCGGCACAGGGCGUGGGAAUGUAUUCAAGCGCGAGGGAGCGGGCCGUGGGAACUGGGGAACUCAGGCUGAUGAAAUCAACCAGUAUUUUUUUCUACUUACCCAACUGUUUUUUUUAUGAAAUAAUAUUUGUUUUUUUUUCUAUUUUAGGUUUUAUUACCUAAAAUAAACAUUAAUAAUUUGGGCCACGUGUCGGCAUAAUAUUACAUCUCAGAUUGGUUUUGGCAUAAUAUCUCCAGAUUCAAGGUUAGUAUACCAGUUAUUAAGUUAUAUAUUGAUGUGAUUGAUUAAUAUUGUUGUUUACGCAGCAGUAAAGUUGUGGUGUUGAUAGAUUAAUAUUGUUGCAAAGAAGGUUCAAUGGCUAAUUGGUGAUUGGAAGUUGACGAGAUAUCUCAGGCACGCUGCCUUCGAAGGAAUACUAGAGAGCUCAAUUAUUUAACAAGAUUGAGAUCGACGAUUGUAUAAUCUGGUCUGUAGUCAAGAAUGUCUUGGGGAAGUCCAGUUCUACUCUUUAUUCUAUUGCACUGCUAGCUUCUGGCCAGAGUUCAACCAUUACUGGAAUAUAUGCAGGACAAUUUAUUAUGCAGGGUUUCUUGGAUUUAAAGAUGAGGAAAUGGCUCAGAAACUUGAUAACAAGAUAUUAUGACACAGCACGAUCUUACUGGCAGUUUAAUAGACGCUUGCAGGUUUCAGAUGACUCGGUCAAAAGUGUGAAACAUAGCCUCUUAACUCAGCGGGUCUCGCCUCCAGAAUAUGUGGUGAAGCGAAACAGAUGGGUACCGAGUAAAGUAUUGAUUUUGGCCUAUAGAGUGGAGCACGAGAGACACAGGAAGAAUGAGAUAUUGCCGGAAGUUAUUUCUCAUCGAAGGUGUUUUUUUAUAGAAUGAAGUAUUGUAUGAUUUUACUUAUAUAUUAAUCAUAAAUAGUUUUUAAUAAAAGUAACUUUCUUGAGCCCGGGAAGCAAGGUUCUUAUCUUGCUGAUUGUUUCAACCGCAUGGAAGAAUGCACCAAAAAUCCCGAAGGUCCUAUUCGUUUCAGAGAGUCUGGCAGGCAUAGAUUCCAUCCCUUCAGGUACAAGCAUCUUGGUCAAUUUGCUCUGUUAGGAGGAGAGCAAACAGCAGCACAACUCCCCAGUGAUUGGUUAUCUAUUGGUCACAGCUCUUAGUGGCUUUGGUACUCGGUGUAUGCAAGCAAACAAGUCAGUUGGCGUACAAGGUCGUUGGUGGUCAGACUGGAUGAGGCGUUUCAUCUUUGGGAGGGAUUCGAGUCAAAUAUGAGUUGACUUCAACAUAUGCGAUAUACGCAUAAUGAUAAGUCCCUCAUAAAGGCAAGUUUUGGUGCAUGAUCCAUACAUUUUACCCGAUUCAUUUUUGUUUUGUAAACAUAUGCUGCUCUCUGUUCUUUGUUAUGUUUUUUGUUAAUAAGAAGCAAUGUCAUAAAUCGUACCAUUAUGGUAAUUGUUACCAUUGAUAAAUCACAUUGUUUGCAUAUAUUAUUAUAUACGAUUAACAUUGAAUCAUAUUAUAUAUAUCCCCACAAAUUUUAUAAAACGGACCAUUGUAAUAAAAUUAAUAAAAUAUUAAUAUCCUUAAGUUAUAUAUUUGUGUUAAGCCACCCGCGAAAAUCGCGGUAUCUUAGGCUAGUUUAUAUUAUAAAAUCAACAUCAAACGAUGUGCAUGUUCGUUUCAAACCAACACGUAUGUCUGAUUCAUACAACGAUCUUCGUGGCAGCAUUUCAAUGCACUCGCGUCGUCACCCCUUCAUUUCAACUGUUUUAUUAUAUUCUAAACAAUGAGAAUGAGAAUUUCGUUCGAAAUCGAGAAUCUCAAACCCUAAUUCGAUCGCAAGCCUGACCCAAUGGCUGCAGUUAACAAAACCAAAAAUAUCAUCGACUUUGUUCGAGACGGAUCAAUAAAAUGGCUCAAUAAGAGCCAGAAUUCAUCUCAUCAAGAGUUUGACGAGAUGAAAAGAUCUCCAUCUGCUGCAGAGAAAAACUGGAUCUACGAGCUAUCUGCAGUCGCCAAUGCUGUUGUUCGUCGAUGUUCCAAAGUCCUUGAUGUUUCUGUGGAUCAUCUUCGUGAGAACUUUGAAGAGGUGGCAUCUGAAGUCACCAAAACGCCGUCACGGUAUGCUCGGAAUUUUUUAGAGUAUUCAUGUUUCAGGGCUCUUGCUCAAACUACGCAAGUUAGUGGUUAUAUGGAAGACAAAAGGUUUAGAAGAUUGACAUUUGAUAUGAUGCUUGCUUGGGAAGUUCCGGAUGUUGCCAGUCAGCCUUCCAUAGAUAUAGAUGAGGAUGCAACCGUGGGGAUAGAGGCUUUCUCUCGAAUAGCUCCAGCAGUGCCUGUUAUAGCUAAUGUAAUAAUAAGUAAUUACAUAUUUGAGUUUCUUACUUCAUCCACUGGAGGCCGACUUCCAUUUUCUACCUUUGAAAAAUACCUUAUUGGAUUGGAAAGGGCUGUUAAAAAACUUAAAUCUAACUCAGAGUCAUCUCUCCUUUUAUCCCAACGAUCAGGAAGAGGGGAAAGGGUUCUAGAACUCGAAGGUACCGUCACCACACAGCCAGUUCUUCAACAUCUAGGGAUAUCAACUUGGCCUGGUCGGUUAACUCUGACAGAUCAUGCUUUGUACUUUGAAGCUCUCCGUGUUGUGUCGUAUGAUAAGCCCACGGUUUAUGACUUAGCAGAUGACUUGAAGCAGGUUGUCAAGGCUGAGUUGACUGGCCCAUGGGGAUCACGACUUUUUGACAAGGCCGUCUUGUAUAAGUCGAAUGCUUUAUCAGAACCGGUAAUUCUGGAGCUUCCAGAGCUCAAAGGGCAUGCGAGGCGUGACUAUUGGCUAGCCAUUGUGCGUGAAAUUUUGUAUGCCCACAGAUUUAUUAGAAAAUACCGUAUUACCGGUGUUGAACGCGAUGAAGCACUGCUAAAAGCAGUAUUUGGAAUUCUAAGAAUACAAGCUCUAAGUAACAUGAAUUCCAUAGUACCACUGUGUUAUGAGGCAGGACUUAUGUACAAUGCCUGUGAUCAACUGCCAGGUGGCGACCGGAUACUGGAGACAAUUGCUACAAUGUUGACUUCCAAAGAGACCCAAAAGAAUAAUACUAAAUCUGGUGAUGGAAUGCAUUCGGUAUCGGCUACUACCAUGGCUUCUAGCCUAGGAUUUGUAUUUGGCACAAAUUCUAAUAUGCCUAAACAAUCACUGAUUAAUGUUGGUGAGAUAACUGUUGGAGAGAUGACGCCUUUAGAGAAAGCUGUAGAAGAGUCUAGAAGCAGUUAUAAGAUGGUUGCAGAUGCACAAGCAACAGUUGAUGGAGCUAAAGUUGAAGGCCUUGACACCAAUUUAGCUGUGCUUAAGGAGUUGCUUGUUCCUUUAAUUAACCUUGGUAAUCGUCUUCUUGCACUAUUGUACUGGGAAGAACCUGCAAAAUCCGUAGUAUUCUGUUUCAUAUUUGCAGGCAUCAUUUACUGCGGAUGGAUGGCUUAUGUAUUUGCAUUUCUACUCAUAUUUUUUGCAAUUAAUAUGAUGCUUGCACGACAUUUUAGUGGAGGAAAUCCAAUCAGUGAACUUAAGGUCACAGUGCCUCCACCGAUGAACAAAAUGGAACAGCUUUUGGCUGUUCAAAAUGCAAUUUCUCAAGCUGAAGAGCUAGUCCAAGAGGGUAAUGUUAUUCUUCUCAAAAUACAUGGCCUGCUAUUAUCCAUAUUUCCACAGGCAAGCAAUAGAUUUGCAGCAGCACUUGUGGGUUUAGCUUUAUUUAUGACCAUUAUACCCUUCAAAUACGUGCUCCUACUUACUUUUUUAGAAGAAUUUACCAAGUACUCGCCUAUGAGAAGAGCAGAGACAGAAAGAAUCAUGCGGAGGAUGAGAGAGUGGUGGAUUAGCAUACCCGCAGCUCCGGUGGUACUCGAAAGAGCUCAAGAAGAUAAGAAGAAGAAGUAACGCAAUUGCAUGCAGUGUACCUUGAACACACAUCAAGCAUUUGUGUAUGUAUAUAAACCACAGGUUUGUAAUUUUGAGUUGGGAGUUGCUUCAUGUUAGAGGUGGCAAAAAGGUCAGGUUGGAUCAAAAUGGGCACCUUUUUUUUGUGUCAAAACUGGUUUGGUGGACGGUUGACCCGAAACACUUUUUGUAUAGGUUUUUAGAUCUAUUUAUAAAUAACUAAUCUGUUAAAUUGUUUA